AGUGUUCAGACGAGAAGGCAUCACAUUCGCAACUGCAAUGCCUUGUUGGGACGCUCUUUUAGUGAUCUGCAGCUGCUUGAUCAUCGCAUGCGUAGCGAACCGCUACGACCCGUUUGAUCUGCAAGUAAGGAAUGUCCGGGAGGUUUCUGUGCAAGGAAAGAUGAGUGCCCAUAUGGAAUAUACGACCAAGCAAAUGCGCAGACUAGCGGUAUUAUUGUGCUUCGAUUUCGUGAUAAUGUGUGCCGGCAUGGGAAAGUGUGCUGCAAAAAUGUGAGAGAAGUCCUGCCUAAUAUUUUUUUAUCAUAUGUAUUACAUACGUUACGCAGCGGGGCUCUCACGUGCGCUCACCGCGUGAGUGAUCUCUCGUUGGUUGAUGAGCACGAGUGCCCGUUAUUCCAAGAAUGGACCGAGCUCGUUAUCUCGAUGCCGAUCGAAGGGAUAAAGGAGUCGGGUUCGCGUCACGGUCAUAGCAACAGCUUAUGAGUUAUCCUCCGGUUAACCAGUAUUGUUACACUGAAACGAAUAAGUAUAAAACAUAUAAAUAUUUAAUAUACAUAUAUGCCAUGUCCCGGUGGAUAUUGCAUUGCGAAGCACCUAUGUCCUGACGGCACGUAUAUUGAUGAUCCAACACUUGCCCAGAGUACUCAGCUCGUUGGAUUGCGCGUGGGGCUUGACAUAGAUGAUAUCGACUCGUGCGCAGAUUAUUUACUAAAAUGUUGUGAUUAUCAAGCCACUGCAACAGUUAAUCCACUUGACAGUUGGAACAAGCCUGAAAUACUUCCGAAUAACAUUGAAUGCGGACAGUUUAACAAUGAUGGAUUGCACUAUCAACUGCAUCAUAAUGACUCCUUGGCACAGUAUGCCGAAUUCCCUUGGGUGGUUUACAUAAUGAGAGGUGAAAAACAAAAAUCAUCCCCGGCGCAUAGUAACUUUGUCUGUGGCGGUACUUUGAUUCAUCCUCGGUUUGUGGUAACAACGGCUCACAAUACGGAUGGCAAAUCGAAUUUGAUCGCACGUUUCGGCGAAUGGGACAUUAGCACCACAAACGAACCAUACCCACACAAGGAUAUCAGCGUCACGGAGAUCAUCAAACAUCCCGACUAUGUGCACAACCCCAUACAGAACGAUAUUGCACUGUUAAAGCUUGCGGAAAGCGUACAAUACCACAAGCAUAUUCAACCAAUAUGUCUGCCGCAACCUAAUGAUCAGUUCGUAGGCGAAAGUUGCAUCUCCAACGGCUGGGGCGAGCAGCGUGGAGUGUACGCGAACGUGAUGAAGAAAAUAACGCUUCCAGUUAUUGCCAAGAACAAGUGUACCCGUAUGCUGCGCUUUGCUGGGCUUGGACCAUUCUAUGAUCUCCGGGAUGGUUUCAUCUGUGCUGGUGGUGAAGCCGGUGUCGAUAUGUGCAAAGGCGACGGAGGAUCACCACUCGCGUGUGAAACUGACACGGGAUCUUUCGUACUUGCUGGGAUUGUUUCGUGGGGCAUAGGAUGCGGGGGGCAUAAUGCACCGGGUGUGUACGUUGCAGUGAACCAUUACGUAGAUUGGAUCAAUGAACAUCUUAUAGAUAUGGAUAUUGUUUUGUGAGCAGCUAGGCAGUCGUGUAGACGCUACGCAAUUGACGUAACACGUCAAGAUGUUGGGAGCGAGUGGUAAUGUGUGCGCUCAAAUAUAAGUGGUUGCAAUUGUAACCCCGGCGACCGUACAUCCGUGUAUUAAAGUGUCCGAAAUAUAACAGAUAUUAGGAUGUAAAACAUGAAAAUGAGCAGCUCCGUUAGGAAUAUAUAUUGGAAAGUAAAAGAUGCGCUGUGCAAUCUCGCUUCUCGUUCUCCAUGAUCUAUGACCUUGGGUAGAUUUCGUACCGGGAAAUUCACAACUUGGCUUAUCAAGAGAUGCUUUAAGAGGGUACGCUGUUUUACAAUAACAGUAAACAUGUACUGAACAGCUAUGUCGUCCAUGCUUUUAAAGCUGCCGCGAUCAGUCGAAUACAA